GUCUCGUUGUAUGUUUUUUUUCCACAACACUUGUUUUUAUAUUCCGCAGUCAAAGGCUCAGCUCUCCUUCUUCCCUUCCCAAAUCCGUCGGGUUUCUCCUUCCCGAUCGCCAUGUCCUCCUCCCUCCUUCUCCUCCUCCUCCUCCUUUCUCUCUUCUUCCCUUCCUCCCUCUCCGUGGCGGUGACUGCCCAAUCGUCGGCCUCGCCGUCCAACAGCUCCACCGUCUACGACAUCCUCCAGGAGUACAACCUCCCUCCCGGCAUCCUCCCCGACACCGUCAAGUCUUUCUCCGUCGCUUCCGACGGCUACUUCGUCAUCGAUCUCUACGGCGAGUGCUACGUCGACUUCGAGUACGUCGUCUACUACGCCCCGCGCGUGUCUGGCUUCCUCGGCUACGGCUCCGUCUCCAACCUCGAGGGUGUCCAGAUCCGGAGCUAUCUCAUCUGGUACGGCGUCAGCUACAUCAAGGUCGACCUCCCCUACUCCGAUUUCGUCUACAUCCAGUUCGGCUGGGUCACUCGCAAGCUCGGCAUCGACCAGUUCCAGCACAUACACUCUUGCAGAGGGAAUCUCUCUCUGUUUCAGCGCGCCAAGAAGGCUGUCCGUUCAGCGUUCGAGAAUAUUUUUGUUCCCCAACUUUGAGCAAGUCAUGUGAAAGAAAGAACCAUCUUGGCAAACAAAGGAUUCCCCAAGCUCAUAGAACUCAUCUGAGAUUGGCUGGUAGCACGUCUGUCAAGGAGUUGUACUAGUUCAUGAAAUAAUGGUGCAGAAAACGGCUGAGAAGCCUCGCUUUGCCGGUUUCUUCUUGGCUGGCACUGCCAUGGCAUCGGAGCCAAGCUCAGAGUCCAAAGCUGAUGUGGAUGCCGGCGCUGCAUCUGUGGCCCUGGGCAUGUCAUCGUCGUUUCUGUUGCGCUUCAUUUCACCCAAGGGAUCUUGAUUGUUCCAUAUGCUUCCCGAUGAUCCCUGUCGCCGGAAUGAUACCGUGGAUCGUUGCAGCUUAGACAUUCAUAAACAUGCCUCUUCUUCUCCUUGGUCUGAACUAAUUGAUUUUGCUUGGCUCUGGUAUUACUUUUUUUAUGUCUCUGGAUGGCAUUGAUCGAUAAGAAAGCAUGAUUCUAGCCAUGAAUAUUAUUGGCAACCAGAGCUGCGGUUCCCGCGUUUGCUGCCCUGUAGAUAGAUAAUAACUAAAUGUGUCGUUGGUCCUUCAAUUUAUUCUAUCCCACUUGUUGCGCAAUUAUUUAAUUGUAGGUUACUUGAAUAUAUAUUUAAAAAAAACAUAUAU